CGCUGUUCGCUUCGAUCGUUGGAUUAAGCUUUUCGAUAACGUCGUAGCCAUGUCAAACUGGGACAAUGCAGAAAUAAUCAGUAUGCUAUCAACUAAAAUGUCGGGCGAAGCAUACGACUUACUACAAAACAUCUUGGAAUCCAGCGAUACUUACGAAUACGAAGAUAUCAAGAAACUCUUCCAAGAAAACUACCAUGGAUCCGAAGACAUUGAUUUUAAUCAAAACCAAUUCGACGAGAUACAACGGAAGCCAAAAGAAAAUAUUUUAAAUUAUGCCUACAGACUUAAAACGCUAUACACACGUGCCUAUCCCUCCAACAACCAGGAAACACCCGAAGAAAAAACCACGCAACUAAGAUUACUUCGACAAAAAUUUUUGCAAGGACUGGAACCAGAACUUCAAAACAUCGUAAGACACAAAUCAGUAUCAACAUUCGAAGAACUUGUAUCUAUCACACAGAAGUACGCAAAGCGCGUCCAAUCGGAUACGAUAGAAAAAGACAAAAGGAUAUUUGUUAACGCGAUAGCUAGCACACAAAACGAAACAGCUAUCCUACAAGCAAUCGAAAAACAAAGUGAAAACAUAAACUCAAUCGCAUCCUGCCUGAAAUUAGCCACCACUGAACCUGCUCUACAAGAAACAAGCACAUCGCCCGACUUGAGCGGAAAAAUUGACCGUUUAACGGACGUCAUAACAAACCUCGGCAGCAUCAUGCAGGCUAGCAUUCGCCAAACAAAUGAGAUACGUCAACCCCCAGAAAUAACUUCAGCUAUCCCCCGAACCAAUCAAGACACGGAAAUUUCUCAAACCACGCCCCCCAAAACAGUUUCAACCGCCAAGGCCCAAUGA